UCGUUGACCGUUGACCAAACUCCGAUGACCGUCAGUGAGCCAAUUCCGACGCCGAUUGGCAUAUUCCGGCCCCGAUGACUAGAUUCUGACGCCGGUAAGCAUAUUCCGACCACGGUGAGCAUAUUCCGAUGACAAAAUAGCAUAUUCCGGCGACAAAAAACAUAUUCCGGUGACCGGCGACCAAAAUUUUGGGCAGAAAAUUAAAAAUAUUUUUUAUUAUUUUUUAUUUUUUUAUAAUGAAAAUUAUACCCUUGCUUUGAUUUUACACUAGGUCAACUCAACUAAUAAAAAGUCAUCACAACCCUAGCUUCCUAUUGGUUGGAGACAAGUGUUGUUACAAUAACAACAAAAUGAGUGUUGUUAUAGUAUCUAGUCCCACAGGGACAAUAGUUAUGAAGAAAGGGAUUUUUUUUAUGGUUUAUGGGGUUGAAUAAGCAAAGGUUUUCGUGGAUAAAGUGUAGUGAAUUCGCUCAUUCAAUCACUCAAUCCCUAGGAGAUUAUCGAUGAAACCUUCAAAACCUCGAUUAUAGGGAGUUACUUGCUGUGUUUACUGCUUUUUGCGGAACGGUGUAGCACUCAUAACCUAGAAAUUACAGGAAAAGUUUCGGGGUAGAUAUUUAAUUGUGUUUUGUUCCGAAAAUGAUAUUGCAAGAAGCAAAAAAAGAUACUGCAAGAAGCAGAACAGGUCUUGCAAGAAACCAAGAUUCAAAUUGAAAAAGCAAAGAAAAAAUAUCUCACAUUAGAAGAGAUGCUGGGUGUGAUGUCAAAGGCGGUAAAAGCUUAUGCGUCGCUGCAAUCAAUACCUAGUAUUUUUAUUACCUCCUCUGAUCCAGAUAUUGCUACGCUGUAUAAUAAGAUCAUAUUUUAUCUUGUUCAUGCACAUAACGAGAUAGUCGAUAUCACAGCCAUCGAGAUAUUUUAUUAAAAUAAGGAUCUUGUUGAUAGAACGAGUAAAUUGGAGGAUAAACUCCGCUCAAGCUUGGAUGCUACCGAAAAGGUAAUCUCUCUUUACCCAUCCCCAGAUUUGGUUAAGAUCAAGGGCAACAUUGCCAGUAAACUAGCAGAAGUGAAACAAGUAAGCGUUGAUCAGGUAGAGAGAACUAUAGAACUCGCCAGCCAAAGAAGAGCUCAAAGAUGUGCCGAACUUUAACAAUAAAGCCCGAGAAUGUCGCAAAAACAAACUUUUUGAUGAUUCAUAUAAGUGGAAAAUGCGUAUUUUUGAGAGCUCGUGCAGGUAUAGGUGUCAAAACAUAGCCCGACCCGAUUAACCCGCCCGAUCAACCCGACCCGCAACCCUACCGCAACCCGAAUUGACUAAAAGUCAACAACCCGUAACCAGCCCGACCCGCAACCUAAUUGACCCGCAACCAAACUAACCCGCAACCCGAAUGACCCGCAACCCGAUUAACCCGAACCCGACUGACCCGCAACCCGAUUAACCCGAACCCGACUAACCCGAACCCGACUAACCCGUAACCCGACCGACUCAACCCGAAUUUCAUCUAACCCACUUGAUAAUUAUAAAAAUAUACAAUACAUAGUUUUUCAAAAUAAAGUUUUUCAUUCUAAACUUAAGUAAAAUUAUUUUUUCAUUUCGUAUAGGAAAUUUAAAAAAUAUGAAACUCACUUGAUAUUACGUAUUUUAAGAAAAUUACCAAAAUUGAAACAUGAAGGUCACUUGAGAUCAUGACAAUAUUAAUAUAAUAUAUAAAUUAAAAUUUUGGUUAAUUUAACUAUUCAAUAAAAUUAUCAAUUAAAUAUAAAUAAAGUAAAGUAAUAUAUUUCGUAAUUUGAUGUUUUUAAAAGAAGAGGGAAAUUUUGGUGUAUUCAAGUUUUUGGGAAGAGAAAAAAGAGGGAAAUUUGGUACUUUGAAUUUUUUUAGAAAAGAAACUAGUGGGAAUUUUAGUGGUUUUGAUAUGUGGGAAGAAAAAGAAGUGGGAAAGUUUGAUUCUUUUGAUUAUGAAAGAAAAAUAAGGAGGGAAACUUUUGAUUUUUCAACUUUUUGUAGAAGGAAAGAAGAGGGUAAUUUGGUUCUUUCAAUUUUAUGGAAGAGAAAGAAGAGGAAAAAUUGAGUUUUUCUAAUGUAUGGAAGGAGAAAGAAGGAGGGAAAUUUUAGUAUUUUUGUGAAAAGAAAGAAGGAAACAAAUUUGGUGUUUUCAAUUUUUUGGUUUUUCAUAAUUUUAGCUUUUGAAAUAUGAAUCUUUAACUUUUAUAUGGAGGGCAUGACUAGUUAAAAUUAUUCUUAUAUGCUUUGAAGGCUAAUAUGUAUAUAUGUAUGUAAUUAUUUAUGGGCUAAUAAAUGAAUGAACCAUUAGUUACAACAAUUUAUACUAAACUUGAUAAGUAAUCUUUGACGGUUCGUUGUUUAGGAUAUAAAGUAUAUGGUUAGGGUAUAAGGUAUAAGGUACAUAUGGUUUAGGGUGUAUAUGGUUAGGGUAUAAGAUAUUGAUGGUUUUGACGGUUCUAAGUUUUUUAUUAACAUAUGUUCACUUGAAGUCAUUUGAAGUCUUUAACGGCAGGAGAUCCCGUUUUAAUUUAUGUUUAUGGUACGUGGUUAGUGUACAAGGUAUGUGGUGUAAAGUAUAGGAUAUAUGGUCAGGGUAUAACAAUUAGCAAAUAUCACUUUUUAUCUAUGUUUUGAAAAUCAAAGUAUGAAUUUCACUUUUAAAUUAACUAUACUAGCAAAAUCACAACUCAAUGACAUAUGGUUAGGGUAUAGGUUAUGUGGUUAGUGUAUAAUGUAUUGAUGGUUUAGGGUAUACAAUCAACAACAUAUACUAACUUAAUAUUGUUGAUUGAGGGUAAGGCUAAGUGUACAGGAUAUAUGCUAUUGAGUAAGUUAUAAUUGAAGUCACAAUAAUUUUUAGGAUAAUUCGAUUUUUAGGAUAAUUCGAACAAUUUUACAAAUAACUCGUUUGGCAACAGUUUACUGAAGUUAUUUGGGCAAUGAGUUAUUUUGAAAUAACUCCUUUUAUCACUAUGCUUUUGCCAAUUACCACACGCCAAAUAUCAGAUUUGCAUGGUUAUACUAAACGAGAUACUUUAAUUCAAUUACUACUGAAUUAAUACUAAAAUAUCAAAUAAACAAUUAACGGUGUCUUUUGGUUGCAAAUAUUGAUAUCACCAUUACUAUUAGCUAUAAUACUUUACCAAUUAUGAUUAAUUACAUAACAAGUUUGCAAGUCAUACAAAUUGAUUUAAAAUUUUGACUAGUUUUUUUUUCAAAAAAAUAAAGUAUAUAUAUACGAGGUAGAAAUAAAUUGGUUAAAAAGUUGAGAAAAUAUUUUAAAUUAGUGUAAUAAAAUGUGUACGUUGGUAAUGAGUAAUGAGUUAAGUUACUUGAUGCGCUGGCCCGAACAACCCGAAACCCGACCCGCCCGCAACCCGGCCGACCCAAAACCCGAUGAACCCGCAACCCGAUUUGCCCGCAACCCAAUUGAACCCGAACCCGAUGAAUCCGCAACCCGACUAACCCGCAACCCGUUUGAACCUGAACCCGAACUCGCAACCCGACUAACUCGCAACCCGUUUGAACCCGAACCCGAUUGAACCCAGCCCGAACCCGCCCGAUUGACACCUAUGUGUGCAGGUGGGCUGUUUAGAUCACAGUAUAGCACCUUGCCCAAUGUUGAGGGCAACACGAGCGCCGUUAUAUCCCGCUUUCUGGAUUCUAAGAAUACGAUAUCUUUAGCGAAUAAACAUUUUAAUGAUGAACACGAUAUCUCGGGUAAAGAAGAGGAAGAGUGGGCAAAAUCUUUCAAUUUUGAUACAAGAGUAUCUAAAGCUCGGGAACUUAUUAACGAAGCCUAUAUACUCUACAACAAGGCCAGAUUUUCCUUAUCACGCGUCUCGCUUUUUCUUGCUGGCUACCCUAAAUCUUCUGUGAGUGAAGUUUCAUCAAAGCGGGGUGUCCUUAUGGAUGAAGCAAAGUCUUAUACUGCUCGGUACCGGUAGCCGACGAUCAAAGGAACCAAGUAAGCCGUGAUAUUAGCAAACGCCUCUGCACCAUAGAAGCCAGUCUUGCGGAUGGGGAGAGUUAUCUACAACUAAGAGUACUUUAAAUUAUUACAAUCCGACGAGGGUAGCACGAUAGCAUGAUAUAAUCCAAAUUGGAUCAAUCUAUAAGUCAUAAUUGCUUGAUCGAGAAGCAAUCUCAAUCACUAACAAAGAUCCUGAUUUUGUCUAAGUGUUUUAACUAUUUUAGGUAGCCCACUUGGUGAGCUUGGUUCACACAUUUGGCUCACUAGAAAUUGGAGUUGGGAGUUUGUUUUGAAGAUAAAGUUUCCCUCUUUAAGAUGGCAUGGUUUUUGGAUCAAGGAGAAGUCAUUAAGGUUGUUUUCCAAGGUCUCAAAGUUGCUACCCCAAAACCGGAGUACUGCCAGAUUUUGGCCAAGUAUGGAAGGCAGUUCGGGAAGCUCACUUUGAAGGCUUAUUCGAGGAAGAUGGCUGUGAUUCGAGUACUGAGGGUUACACCGCAUGAAAAUGUAUGUAUCAUUUACUACAGAGACAUGGGAUUGGUUGAUCGAAACCCUACCUUGAAGCCUUCGAACGAAAGAUUGCAAGAUUGUACGAAGACUGGCUGAAACUAUCUUGCAGAGUCAGCAAUCCUUUUCCUUUGAGGAUUAGGAUUUCUUUUAACCUUGUUAUGUUCGAGUUAGAAUUUCGAGUCUGUUUAUGUUUUGGUCUUUCGUAUUAGUUGUUUAGCUAGCCAAGGUCUUUUUAAACCUUUCAGUUACGUUGUAAUCGUUAGAUUAUGUUCAAUUGAAUACAAACCCAAGUUUGAUCCAUCUAGCUUUGCUAUGUGAGUUGAGAGGAGUGAGUUAGAUGAGUUCUAGGUUGCUUGAGAGCUUGUAUCGAUCAAUCAACACCUUGAUCGUGGCCAAACAUCAUUUUAUCUAUUUCGAGCCUUUCUCCUUUGUGUGGAAAUGCAUGAGAUCAACCAUCCCUAACCAUCGAAUCAACCCCCUGUUUACUUGAGUUUGAGAAUUGAGUUAAUCUCAAUUCGUUGCUGCGCGAUUCUGGAUACAAAGACCCAUCUAGGGCCCUGUCAUAGUGAAGUGAGAUAGCCGCAAACAAACCAAGAGCCAAAUGGUGUUGGUUUCCGUUGAUGGUAAGGUGUCUCCUUACGCUAAAGGAGAUGCUUUAGAGGAUGGAGACCAUAUCGGUUAUAGCUAUACCUCAUACGCUGAGCUUCCUCGCAUUGAUACAGGGGAGGCUUUUAACGGCUUGAGUGGCAAGAAGAGGCGAGUGCAUGAUGCGAGUGUUCGUGUCAUCAACACCAGUAAUUUAGAAGUAGGAACUUCUUUUGAAACGAUGCGAUUUGUCAAAGAUUUAAAAGGUAAAGCGAAAACAGGGGAGUUUUAUAUUCCCAUAGCUGGAGAUUUUACCACGGAUGAUAGCCUUUGCUUUCGUCAAACUACUCCAAGCUCUGGCAUUAUUACCGCAUUUAUUUCCCAUUUUAAGGCGGGAGGAUAACUAAAUGGAUCCAGUAACCACCUAUGCACUUAUUUCAGGGGGAUUAGCAGUAGCAUGACGCGUUUUGUCGAUGAUUGCCACAGAACAAAGGAGCGGAAGAAGAAACUACCAAGCAACGGGCGGUAAUAUUUUGUCUUUAAGUUCUUCACUUUGAUUCGACCAAGGCGAAACCGCUGUUUGGUUUCUUGUGAGUUGAAUGAAUGAACAAGGUGUUAUCACUAUCGGUUUAGAAAAUCUCGGAGCUUUUAAUCCCCUUGCUCUACCCCCUGGAUUGACAACAUCAUCCAACUUUUCCAUGACAAAAUGGUCAAAAGCAGACUUCGUGUACCAGAGGUUUUGAAAUGGAACAAUGGUGUUUAGAGUUUCAUUGACGGCUCUUGCUUGAGCUUGAUCUUUCUUCUUUCGAUUGUCUUCGUUAUAAACCUCGUAGAGAGCCGUCCCUAGCCUACCCGCUUGAGCUGGCGCAAGACCUAAUAUAUCCUAUGCACUUUU